UUUGUUUCAGCGAUAGUUGAAGUUUACAAGAAUGAAGGUAACGAGGUUUGCUUAAAAGGAGAUUUUCUCAACGCCUCUCACUUUUACACGGAAGGAAUUAAAGUGAAAUGCGGAAACAAAGAAUUGAAGGCCAAACUGUACAACAACAGGGCGACAGUACAUUUCAAAUUAGGUAAGAAUUGGUUAGGAUUUAAUAUUUUUAGCGUACUUUGUUUCUUCACUUGGCAGUUGGCCUCACUGAGUGCGUGAGGUAGUUCGUGUAGGCAUGUCUGUGUUUAGAAUCUAUUCACAGCACAGACGUCCCAAGCUCACGUCUCGAGAAAAAGCGAACGAUUAAUUUAUGAAAGCAUCACGCUUUGUAUGACUCCGUGUUAAGUUUCGAGAGGCGGGAACCGUUGAGAAUUUGACACAUGUUAUAAGGAAAAGUACAGGGAACGAAAUAUGGUCGAUUUAUAUCGAUAAAUAUUUCGAAAUAUGUACAUUUUAUACGUAAAAUCAUUAGCACUUACUCACAUCCUGUGUGUCCGUUGUGGUUUCCGGCGUUCUCUGCCGUUUUAAGCUUGUUGUGCCAUCCUGUUAUUCCUGUUAUAAAACUUCUGAUGAUUCAAACCUGUAUUGAGCGGUGACCGCUUCAUACAGGCUCUGAAAAAUAGGGGUAAUAUAAAAAACGAUUAAAAAAAUGCCAUUUCAUGCCAUUAUAAUUGACCAUUUCAUUUACAAAAACCCGGUCAAAAAUAUUAUCAAAAUUGAUUUAAUUCGGGAGAUAUACAGAUUAAAUUUUACGUGAAAGAUUAUUCAUAGUUUUGUUUGAGUAGUUCCGCUUUAAAUGACCGCUUAAUACAGGUGGAAGACAAUAGAAACAGGCCGUUGGGAUUAACUCAAAAGUGACUGUGACUGCUUAUUAAAGGUGGAAAUUACAGUGACUAAGAGCAAACACAUACAGGACUAUGACAAUCGACCGCUAACACAGGGUAACCGCUUACGGUGCCGCUUAAUACAGGUUCGACUGGACGUUCUGCUAUCAGAUUUCAUUUCUCUUAUAGGCAACUACCACGAGUCACUGAGGGAUGCAACAGCCGCCUAUCGAUUACAACCAACAUACCUGAAGGCAAUUAUGAGAGGUAUUUUUUUCUCCUAUCUUUUAAGCUGA